GCCCGGAAAACUUGCGAUUUGUCAACACUUCAAAUGUUGUUAUAUAUAAAUCAUACGACGUUCAAAAUAAAUGUUUAGAAAGUGAAGGAGGGAGGUAUUUCGCUUUAUCUGUUUUGUACCAAGUUAAAACAGACAAUUACAGUGGGUAUAUGUGUACUCAAUGUUUUCUGUACAAUGCAGCGAGUUGUCUAUUCUGCGCUAACUAGACACACAGAUUGCUAACUUCAACAUCAGUCAUCAGGACAGGGGAGAGGACAUGGCUUCAGAGAAAAUUGAAAUGGAUAUCCUCGAUAACGAACAGGAAAUAGAUUCAGAUAGCAGCAGAUCCAGAUCUUCUGAUGAAAGUAACAGCGACAGCGACGCAGAGGAAGAAACUGCAAGAGAUAUUCAAGACUACUAUGCUGUACAUGACAUACCACGAUGCAGUACCUUCGCUGGGAUGGCAAUCGUUGAAUUCUUUGAUAGAGAUAAAAUCAAAGUAGGACAGCGGGUUGUCCGUGGAGUUGAUUGGGACAAAGGAGACGAGGAUGGAGGGGAAGGAAACGUGGGGACUGUGGUGAAAAUCCUUGACGACUCUCAACAGGUGCGCGUACAGUGGGAUUCCCAGGCCACUUUGGACGCUCAGAAAAACGGAGACAUCUUUAAUUACAGAACAGGGAUGGACAGGAAAUAUGAUCUACGACUUUUUGAUAAUGCACAGACAGGUGCACAUCACAAGUUCUUCGCCUGUGAUGGUUGCGAUGAGGCACCAAUCCGAGGAAUGAGGUGGCGCUGUUUGUACUGCGAUGAUUAUGAUUUAUGCACGGAAUGUUACAUGAAUGACUUUCACAACCUAGACCAUGCAUUUGAAAGAUACCAAGGAAUGAAAACCAUGAGUGUCAAUGUAGGAACACGGGUAGAUUCACAGGACUGGGAAGCUAGUGGGAUAUUUUCUGACAAUGCUGUUAAAUCCAGAGAAGACCCAACGGUGACAGGUACCGUUGAGACUGUUGAAGACAACAUCGCCACACUAUAUAACUGUGACGCAAAAGUGACAUGGGAGGGAGAUAUCAAGAAAAGACACCGAGUGGGAAGGGAAGGCAAAGUGGACAUCAGAUUUACAGAGCCGGCUAAAGUGAAAUAUUUCCAGGACCAUCUACAGGAAAUCAGUAAAGUCAAUGCAGCCAUAGGAAUUAGAGUUGUGGAAAGGUCUGACAAGGAUCACGUGACAGUUGGAACAAUCACCAGCGUAAAGGAAAUCGAAACAGAGGAAAAAGAAUUAAAAAGAAGACGGCGACGGUCGACUCAACGUAAAUCUGUCCCGCUAUUGAAAGAGCGAGGAUCGGUCAACCUACAUCAAAACAAACAAACGGAAGAAAAUUCGGUUCAACAUUGUUCCCUCACCGUGCAGUGGGAUGAUGGUGAAACAGAUGAAAAUGUUGAAACGAGUAAAAGAGAAAUAUUGUUGUUUGACAACAGCCAGAUAGGGACCAAGCAAUGCGCUAUGUGUGACGGAUGUGCCACUGGCUCCCGGAUCAAAGGAAUUAGAUGGAAGUGUGACGAGUGUUCCGACUAUGACCUCUGCACAUCAUGUUAUAUGUCUGCAGAGGAUGGACAUAUCGGCCAUAAGUUCCAGCGAAUCACUGAGCCUGCAGAAAGAAAAAAACUGGAAACCUCACGCACAAAUCCAGAAGUGAAAGUGAAAACGGCUCUAGGAAUAUUCAAAGGCGCUACGGUUCAGGAACUGGAAAGCAAUACAGAAAUAAAGGGCACGGUAGCAGAGACAUGCCAUUACAGAGUAAACAACGCAAGGUGUAUUGUUGUUGUUAACAAAGAUGAUGACGAGGAUCAGCAAAUCAGAGGACAGUUUACUGAUUUUCUGAGCGACAAUGACAAUGAGGACUCUUUUUAUUAUCCUUCCCAUUUGCCUGAUUUGGGAAAAGAUAUCCAGGGAUACGUUAAAGUACAAGACGAAGACAGCAAUGCAAAAAUCAUCGUAGAAUUGUGGUAUCAGAAAGAUGUCCCAACAUCCUCGUCAGAUGUGAAAUACAGUCUUUAUUUGAUUUUUGCACACAAACCAGAAGAUGAUGAAAACAAGUUUCGACCUCUAGAGGACGUGAGGAAGUUUGCACGUAAAUCUCGUUUGCCGUGUCAGCUUGCACUGGAGAAGGUACUGUUUCUAGAGGAAGCAGUCGUCAUCCACAAAGACACAACAAAUGAAACGAUACAGAAAUUGGUAAAAGACGGUGUCAAGAAAUUCGUCCGAGGGGAAAUGGAGGAAGAGGAGGAUGAACAAAAGUAUUUUCAACGAAUGUCUGUGUAUGUAAGUGGCAGAGUUCCAUUGCCGGUUUUUAUUUCACUACGGAACGGAGUUAUCCACACAGACGUUCUUGAGAAUGCCUCCAAGAACAAAAUACCAGUCGUCAGUUUCCAGAAAAAAUCACGUGAUGUAUACGUAUUGACAAUGAAAGACGACUUUUUCUGCGUGAAAGCUAUGGAACAUAAAAUUGACUUGAAAGCUCCAUGGAAGGUCACCAAUAUGUGCAUUAAAGAUUAUGACACCGGAUGCUAUUUCAAAGAUGACAUCGAUGAUGAAAUUACUCGACUCGAUGAUAUACCUGAGCUUGAAAACGUCGCUGCACUGAUUUCCUAUUUGCUGAUUGGAGUAUACAUGAAUAAGAGCUCUGACAGGGAAAACGACAUCUUUGGAGAAAACAGUCACGUUUACCCAAAUGCAUUGUCGAUGUAUUUACUGAGAACAGGAAAGUGGAAAAUACCAAAACAGUUCAUCAAAAAAUCUUUCAAUCACCGAUCAAUUGAAUUUAUUUUUGAAGAGAAAAUGACUGAAGAUUUCAAGAAUGGGCUGUGGAAGGAGUUGGAAUUGAAGACCAAAUCGGCUUAUGUCAUACCGACAUGGAAAGAGAAAGGAACAGAUGUUGAGGAAGAAGAUGAGGAGGAAGAUGAGGAGGAGGACGAGGUGGAUGCGAAAUCAGGAGGAAGAUUGCAUGUGAAAAUCUCUGACCUAUUCGGUUUAAUCUUUUUCGCACUUCUGAAGAAAAAAUAUUAUGAUGGCGCUAAACAACUUAUUGAAACAGGAUGUGUUCGAAUCACUCACCUUUUGAUUGGAUGUACCAUACUACAAGAGGCGGCAGAUGACUGGAAUACGAAUCAACUGCAAAAGGAAAAGGUCUUACAGAUGAAAGCAAUGUGCACCCAACAGGCCCUGCGAAUAACGAGUUGUAUACAUGAAGCUGACACAAAAGACAAUAGAAAAAACAAUUCCAGAGACGUGACGAUAUUAGGACAACGCAUUGAUCACGCUGGCAGGCUUCUCUUGAAUCACGACUACCUGUCAGACGCCAUAAAGACAGAAAACAGUACUUAUCUAAACGACGAAAUCGUCAAAAAGGUCAUCAAUCAGAUGUGGUACAAACAUGAAAGUGUUUCUUUUCGAAGGGGUAUGCUAUUCUUCACAUUGACAAUGUUUCACGGCCUUUUGUUGCUACCUUUGAUGAUUACGAUGGAGAAUAAGCCUCUGCAGUGGCUCUACAGGCAGUAUAAUGUUCCUGUCAUGAAAGUCCUUCUGAACGCGUUUGGUUGGCUGAUGAUUUUGGUUGCUUUGGCAUACAUGCUACUCUUUGAUUUCACGGAAAGAAUUUCAAGAACGGAUUGGUUUAUAAUUGCCUGGAUGGCAAGUUUUUUUCUCGACGAAACCAAACAGAUUGGCAUUUCAAUCAGGAGAGGGAAGAUCGGAGCUUACCUCAGGGAUUGGUGGAAUCGAUUAGACUGGCUGACAAUGACUGUAUACCUUUCUGGGAUGCUGACUAAACUGGGCAGUGGACAGGCAUAUCACAAUGCCUCCAAGAUUCUUCUAGUUUUGACCUUCAUCCUGAUGUGUGUCAGGUUCCUUAAUUCGUUGACAAUAUCGGAAAUUAUCGGAGCAAAGCUUGUGAUGAUUAGAAAAAUGUUUGUGGACACCUUUGCAUUCCUUGCAAUCAUGACAGUAAUUAUUCUGUGUUAUAGUGUUUCGUACUACGCUAUUCUUUACUCCGAGAACUCUGAUCUCAGUUUUACACAGAUUGAAAGGGUGUUUCGAAAUGGAUUUUGGAUUUUAUUUGGGGAAUUAUCACUUGAAAGUGAUAGAUUGAAAGAACCAGACUGUACGUUCAACAGAACAAUUUACAAUGCUGGGGAGGUGGAUCGCUGUCCAUCAGAACUGGGUCUCUUUCUGGCUCCAUAUCUCAAGUCUGUGUAUGCUUUGCUCGCCAUCGUUCUUCUCUUAAAUCUUCUUAUCGCUAUGUACAGUCACACUUUCUCGGAAGUGCACGACAAAAGUAAAUUCUACUGGGCACUUCUUCAAACGGACUUCUUGGAAGAAUACAGUGUGAAGAGUAUUUUCCCAAUUCAUUUCCAGCUCCUCGUUGUACCGGUGUGUCUUGUCCACUUUUUGUUCUGGGUCCCGUUUUCUUGUUUACGCUCUAAAUUUGAUUUCGACGAAUAUGAUGAUCUCAAUGCGGACCCAAUGUUUGUCAGAGUCUUUCUGUAUGACGCAAACUUUGACUUGAAAUUGGAUGCAACGCGAGAAGCAGAAGGAAAGGCUGCAUUGAAAGCAUCGGGUGAUCUUGGAGGAACAGAUAAAGACAAACUAACAGUUCUCCAGAAGAAGAUAAAAAACCACAAAAGAGUUACGAACAACAUCGAUGAAAGAACUUCGAAGAUGCAGAAGGAUAUAGUACAGAUAAAAAAAGACAUAAGACUCUUAUGUAAAGCUGUAUCACCUGACACAAUGAUGGAAGAAGAGGAUGACAAUCUAUCAACAGACAUACUGGAUAUAGAUCACAUAAGACUACCCUCCAUGAGAAUGAGCAGAUUGAUGUGGGAUGAUAUAGAGGAGACUUCAUCAGAAGAUUCUGAUGACAACGAUUCGGAUUAAAUCGUCGUUGGAUUCAUCUACUUUUUUCAUAACCUGCUUCGGAUAAAUGAUUGGUUUAGAAAACUGAAAUCGGAAUGAAUGGAUCAGCUAACAAGUGACUAAAAUAGAUAUAGAAGCAGAGGUGUAUAUUUUGAUUGGUAAAUUUUAAUGUAUCUUUUUUACUUUAACUUCAUCAGUGUCUUUUAUUAAAUUCAUCCUCGACGGAAGUAGAAAAUUCUGCAAAGAAAAAAUACCCAGGUCGAACAGAGUGUAAAUAGUAGAAUGAUGUUCAUUUAUAUUUUAUGUUUCAAAAUACACUUAAUGGAUGACUGUGUGCAAUGUUCUAUAAAUGCUCAUAUAUGUUUCCGCAAUAUGCAGGUAAUUCACAUGUUCUUUGAUUUUAAUUAGGAGACUAAAUCUAAUGAGAAAUGUUAUUAAUGAAAUAUUAUGUAAUUCAUUUUUUUCCCCUUCAAAUUUUCAAUUUCCAUUUCUUUUGUUGGAACAACAAGUUUUAAAUGUAACUUGACUUAUUGUGUGUCUCACAUUGAACAGUAACUAAGCUAUGAACUGAUAAAAACUGGACUGUUUUUGUACUGUUAUAAUCAAUGUUGUAUUAUAAAUUUUUAUAUCAUUAUCAUCAUUUUUCCAUUAUCAUGGAUGUGUUAAACAUGAUAAAUAAGAGCUACCAAGACUAUAAAAGGUUAUCUAAGACAUUACCGCAAUUGGAAUGGUUUUGUUACAAUUGAUUUUUUUUUUUAGUUAUUAUCAAUAAAAAAAUUUAUGAUGA